AUGGUUGCACAAAUAGAUCCACCUACGGGUCCAACAAAUAAUAAUACCCUUAUCACAACUGUUGAAACGAUGAGAGAGGAAAAUCAGGAUAAGGUUCACAGAAAUCAUUACGAUGACGAAGAUUAUGUCGAUAACGAAGAUGAAGAAUUGCAAGAUAUGGAAAUGAGUCCAGCCGUUUCACCGAUAAAUGAUGAAAAUAACCAUAAUGAUGAAGAGAUAUUUUCAAACUUGUUACCUAGUAAACAACUUGAAGAUGAGAAAUUUACAAAUGGUUCAGGGGUAAAAUUGCCUCAUCUGAUUGAAUUACACAACAUAAUUCAUGAGAUUAAGGAAAGAACCAAAAGAUAUGGAGGAGGGGUUGAUAAUGAAGAACAAGACGGUAUGAAAUUGUCUUUGAAGUUCUGUAAAGACUUUAUCAGACUUCGUUCACUAAGUCGCAGAGCUUGCCAAGAGAGGGCCUUGACGAAGUUGGCAAGUCAUGAAGCAAAACAACUAUUGGAACAAAAAACGCUGAAACUGCUUCAAAUUUUAACGCAGAAAGUCCAAUUGCAAAAUGAGCUGAAAAAAAAAGAUAACCAAAGUUUAAAUAAAAAAGAAGAGGAUGAGUUAAUCAAUGAAUUAAAAGACAAAAUAAAGAAAAGGUCAGAACUAGAGGAAAGGAUUAAUGAAAAGCAGUCAAGUAUUCGAAAAGUUGAAAGUAUGAUUUCCAAAUACGUUAAAGAUAUUGAAGUUUUACAAGAUAGAUUGUGA